AUGGCGGGUAGACGAGAAUCGUGGAGGGCGAGAAUGUUGGCGGAAGAGGAGGAUGGUCAGCGGAGGAAAACUGAGAGGGAAGGAAAGAUGAAGGAAGGAGAUUUCAGAGAUGGAGAGUUGAGGGAAGAAGAAAUGAAGGAAACAGAGAUGAAGAAAGGAGAGAUGAGGGAAAUACAGAUGAAGAAAGGAGACGAUGGAAGGAGAGAUGAGGGAAGGGGAGAUGAAGGAAAAGGAGACUAG